AUGGCGGAAAAAGAUCUGCUGAUCCGUGACCAGAGAUUACAGAAGAUACAUAUAUGUCUCUACGCGAUCAAAAAUAGUACAUUCGUUAUCCUGGUUCCCGGUACUACGUUCCAGAAAGAUCAUCCAAUUCCUGUUAAAGAAAAAGUUAUGGUCCAAACCAGUAAAAAGAAAAACUGUCCGGCAAGCAUUAUAAUAAAAGAAAGGAUUUGCUUUCCGGAUUUUAAGAUGGAGUAUCGAAUAUAUAUGAAGUUUCCAACAGACCAGUACCACCAAAAUACCCAUCAACUAGGAGAGCUUAUUGGAUUUAUGAACCGUAUAAAUAAAGAUGUCAGUGCUAAAAUUGACGAGUUAGUAGGCCACGGUGUAUCCAGUGUCAGUGAGAUGCGACGUCAUCUCAAAGUUUUUGUCAAUGAGACAUUGUUUUCAGGGAAGACUUUGCCAUCCAUCAAUGAUGUUGCAUAUUAUCCCACAGACACCAUCAUUAGAAAGCACAUGUAUAUGGCACAAACGAAGUUAAAGUAA